AUGAUCACAAGAACGGUGAGCAAAAAUCCCAGAACCACACGGGGGGACCUAGUGAAUGACCUGCAGAGAGCUGGCUCCAUCGUGACCCAGAACUGGAUCCUGACCGCAGCACACUGCUUUUCUGCCAUCAGAUUUGAGGGGAAAGUGGACCAAGAGAAAGUGACUGUGAAGCAUGGUUAUGAAGGAAAGGUGUUGGCGAAGGUGUUGUCUGUAACCCCGCACCCACAGUACAACAUUGAUGGACUCAGUGACAAGAACGUGAAAGACUUCUAUGACUACGACAUUGCUCUGGUUAAGGUUGAAACGAUCAAGCUGUCAUGGACAGCAAGGCCCAUCUUCUUGACGUGUACCAAGCCCGCCAGCCGAGCCAUGAAGAUGAGUCCCAACUCUGUGAACAACACGAGAGAACCCCUGCUAUGCCUGGAGGAGACCGGAGCCUACUUCAUCAACAAUGGGUCUACAGUCAAGGAUGCGAAACGCAAGCAAAUACAUUCAUACAGGGAGAGGCCUGACUGUGUUAAACAGGCUGUGAACACACUUCUAAGUCCUCACAAUGCAACUUUGAAUGAAUACGUGCCAGACAGGUUUCUCUGUUCGGGCGGAUCUGCCAAACAUAUAGAUGCUGUAUCGUGCAAAGGUGACUCUGAAGGCGCGUUGUUCCUUCUUAACAGACUGCGGUAUUUUCAAGCUGGAGUAGUGAGCUGUGACACCAAGAAUGUAUGCGAAGCCCAAGACAGAAGUGACAGGCCCCCCACCUGAUAUGCAAGAGACUUCCACAUUAGUGCCAUGGGGGAAAAAAAGCACCUGGGGAAGGAGUUGGAGUUUCUACCCAUGUGGACGGCUGAGUUUCAACUAGGAUUGUCAUGAAAAUAUUGCUUUACGGUGGCAUACUAGCAGAAAAAAUGCAUUCAAUUUCCCUACUUUACA